AUGUACACACAGUGGGCAAUUGUGAAUAUUUUCAUGGUCUCCUAUCUGCAUCUCCUGCGGGGAUCUAAUUAUCAGCAUGGAGCGGUGAAGCGGACACCUCAGUCACUGUUAGAGCGCUCGGAACAGCAGAUCCGGGCUGCAUCUAGCUUGGAGGAACUCCUCAGGAUCACUCACUCUGAAGACUGGAAGCUGUGGAAAUGUCGACUGAAGCUCAAAAGCUUAGCUAGCAUGGAUUCCCGCUCAGCAUCCCAUCGCUCCACCAGAUUUGCGGCAACAUUUUAUGACAUUGAAACACUUAAAGUCAUAGAUGAAGAAUGGCAGAGAACUCAAUGCACUCCAAGAGAGACCUGUGUGGAAGUGGCCAAAGAACUGGGGAAAAGCACUAAUACUUUCUUUAAGCCCCCCUGUGUUAAUGUAUUCCGGUGUGGAGGCUGCUGCAAUGAAGAGAGCCUCCUUUGUAUAAACACAAGCACAUCAUAUGUUUCAAAACAGCUUUUUGAGAUAACAGUGCCUUUAACAACUGUACCUGAAUUAGUACCAGUUAAGGUUGCUAACCAUACAGGUUGUAAGUGUUUAUCAACUACUCCACACCACCCGUAUUCCAUCAUAAGAAGAUCCAUCCAAAUCCCUGAAGAGGAUCGUUGUCCGAACACCAAGAAAGUAUGUCCAGGUGAAUUGACAUGGGAUGGCAAUAAAUGUAAGUGUGUCACACAGGAAGAGAGUCCUCUCAAUGGGAUGGAAGAGCACUCCCAUCUUCAGGAACUGGCUAUCUGUGGGCCCCAUAGGAAGUUCGACGAGGACCACUGUGAAUGUGUCUGUAAGAUGCCUUGUCCUAAUGAUCUCAUUCAGAACCCAGAGAACUGCAGUUGCUUUGAAUGCCGAGAAAGUCUGGAGAGUUGCUGUCAGAAGCAAAAAAUAUUCCAUCAAAACACCUGCAGCUGUGAGGACAGAUGCCCUUUUCACACCAGGACAUGUAUAAAUGGAAAAUGUGCAAGGCACUGCCGAUUUCUGAGGGACAAAAAAGGUUCCCAUGGGCUCCAUGGCAGAGAAAAUCCUUGA